AUGGGUUUGGCUGCUCCAACAUGCAGCAGGUGGACAGGUAAUAGGAUUCAUGUGAUGAUAUUGGACUUGUCUUUGGUUGGGAAGUUUAUGUGGGAACAUAUAGGGUGGUUGUUGGGGGAGGUUAACGUUAGUGACAUGUCCUCUGGGAAUUCCUGGUUUUGGUUAUUACGCUUGCUACUUAAGCUUUAUAUUAACUUGAGAAUGUUUCGUGAUAUUUAUCGUGGGGUCCAAACUGAAAUGUGGGAUGCAUAUAAUUGUUUCCUGCCACUGGAUCAAACAGAACUUGUGAUUUGGAUGUGGUGUCAUAACAAAUGGUCUCAGCGUUGUUUCAAUGGAUCUAGCAUCUCUCGUUGGGGGAAUUGGUGUUUAGGGUGGGACAGGUGUAAGAUGGAGUUCAAUAGUGGACCUCACAGUGUGCAAAUGAGAUCGCGAUGGGCUUGGCAUAUGAAUUUGCCUAUGUGGAAACGGGUCUAUAUAUUUGGUUUUGAGUCUCGACAGGUUUUUCGAGGAAACAGGUCUUUGGAUAGUUAUUGGGGUACCAACAGAGGGAAGUGGUGGCUUCUUGAUACACCGGAAGGGCUGGGGUUUCCGACGGAAGGUUGGUUAGUGUCACAUGCCACUGGUUUUAGGAGGAAACUGUACAAAAAUUUCAGGUUUGGUUUGGAUUUGGCGUGUUUGGACCGACAUUUGGACUCACCGGUGAAUUAUGGAAAACAGAGCCUUGCUAUUAAAAGAAAUAGCACGAGAGAUGGUGGUUGUGAUUUUCUUUGGGUUGAGGGUGGUACGGCGAACCGCAAAAGAUUAAGGGGGAUCGUUGCAAAAUUUUGGUCAAUGAUGUGGGAAAGAAAGAUCGACAAUGUAUUGAUCUUGAUAGAUCAUUUUGGCUGGAGGAUAGACGGAGAUACUAGCUCUGAGAAAUACAGGCUGGGACCGGAUAAGGCAGGGAUCCCUAAUUUUUGGACGUUUUGUUAUAUGUUAUGGCGGGAAUGGUGCGACCUUUUUUGUGGGAGCAUACAGGGUGGUUUUGGAUUGAUAUGGAAAAUAAGAAUGGGACAUGGUGUGGUAGGAAUGGCAAGGGGGACCGAUUUACCACGGAACAACAAACAUCGAUUUAAUGAGGGUACUCAGCUGGAAUUGUCAAGUGGAACCGAUUGGUGCGAGUGGGGUCUGGCUUUGUUUUAUAAUAACACCUCUGAUGUUAGUGUUGUUUAUUCUAACAAGAGGAUUAUCGAUAUUGAGGCUCGUGAAGGUAGUGAUAUUUGUAUGUCCUUCGUUUAUGGGGACCCAGUAGUAAAGCUACAUGACCUGGUCUGGGAACGGAUUACAAGGAUUGGAACAACAAGGACAGAACCAUGGUUUCUUAUAGGGGACUUCAAUGAGAUUACCGGAAAUCAUGAGAAACAAGGAGGAGCCUUACGACAAGCAUCAUCCUUUAUCCCUUUCAACUUGAUGAUAAGUGACUGUGGUUUUGUUGAAUUUCCAAGUCGUGGGAACACACUGUCAUGGAGGGGAAGAAGGCGGGUGAAAAUAGUGCGGUGUCAUCUAGAUAGAGCACUAGCAACGGAAGAGUGGCAUGACCGGUUUCCGGUCUCCUAUGUUGAGUACCUCCCAAUGAUUGGUUCUGAUCACAGGCCAAUUGUGGCCACCCUGGAUUCAAAGAUAACUAAGAGACGGAAACAAUUUCGAUUUGAUAAAAGAUGGAUUGGACUGGAGGGUUUGCUCGAGUCUAUUGAUCGGGGAUGGAAUCACACUCGAGCCGGUGGAUUGCCUGAUGUGGUGGACAGAAUUGGUAAUUGCCGCCAUGAAAUCUCGAUUUGGAGGAAGGAAAAUCAACCAUAUGGAAGGCAAAAGAUAGCCGAGUUACAAAGGGCACUGGAGGAGGUCCAAGAUGAUGAUAACAGUACCCAAGAAGAACUUAUGGACAUAACUAAUAAGUUAAAGGAAGCAUAUAGGGAUGAGGAGGAAUACUGGAAACAAAAAAUGGAUUUCACGGGUGUCCUUGAGAACCUGCCACAACAAAUUACAACACAAGAGAAUGCAGUUUUGACUCGUCCGGCGACAGAAACGGAGGUGCGCGAAGCGUUAUUCAUGAUGCAUUCCGAGAAAGCGCCGGGUCCAGAUGGCAUGACUGCCCUAUUUUUUCAACGUUCCUGGCAUAUCAUCAAGAGGGAUAUUGUUGAGUUGGGUAAUAAGUUUCUCACAGCGGGUGUUUUUGAUGAAAGGUUGAAUAUGACCCACAUUUGCCUUAUCCCAAAGACGGGAAGGCCGAUCAUGAUGACGGAGCUCCGGCCAAUCAGCCUGUGCAAUGUGGGAUACAAGAUUAUCUCUAAAGUGCUGUGUCAUCGGCUUAAAGUGCUUCUACCGAGAUUAAUCUCGGAAACACAGUCCGCUUUUGUACCGGGUAGGCUAAUCUCGGAUAAUAUUCUGAUAGCUCAGGAGAUGUUCCACGGGCUUCGGACAAAUAAGUCGUGCAAGGGGAAAUACAUGGCAGUUAAAACAGAUAUGAGUAAGGCGUAUGAGCGGGUCGAAUGGAACUUUAUUGAGGCUUUAAUGAGGAAAAUGGGGUUCGCGGAACAGUGGAUCUCAUUGGUGAUGAGGUGCAUCACAUCUGUCAAAUACAGGGUGUUACUUAAUGGACAACCUAGAGGUGUAAUCAUUCUCCACAGAGGUCUAAGACAAGGGGAUCCGCUAUCUCCCUAUCUUUUUAUUCUAUGUACGGAGGUUCUGAUAACAAAUCUAAAAAAGGCAGAGGAGUUGAAAAGGAUUACAGGACUUAAAGUGGCAAUGGCAAGUCCACCAGUAUCUCAUCUUCUCUUUGCGGAUGAUAGUCUUUUCUUCUGUAAAGCAAAUGGUGAUGAGAGUAGGGUCUUACUUCAGAUUCUAAAGGAUUACGGAAAAACAUCGGGCCAACAAAUAAAUUUUGGAAAAUCAUCGAUCCAAUUUGGGCAUACGGUGGAGGAAGGGGUGCGGGCUGAGAUACAUCAGACCCUGGGAAUCACCAACGUUGGUGGGGUCGGAAACUAUCUCGGGAUACCAGAAAGUAUCGGGGGUGCCAAGACUAAGAUUUUCAGUUUUUUAAUAGAUCGCCAACAACAGCGAAUCAAUGGAUGGAACUCUAAGUGGUUGUCAAAAGGGGGGAAAGAGGUUCUUAUGAAGUCAGUGGUUUCGGCCAUGCCUACACAUGUCAUGGCGUGCUUUCGUCUUCCCAAAGGAGUUACGAACAAAUUGUCGAGCGCGGUCUCAAAUUUCUGGUGGAGUAAUAAUGGGCAGACACGUGGAAUGCAUUGGCUGGCCUGGAAAAAGCUCUGUAGACACAAAAAUGAUGGGGGAUUGGGAUUCCGUGUUAUUGAGGACUUUAACACGGCUUUACUUGCAAAACAACUCUGGAGACUAAUUGACUAUCCAGACUCUUUGUUUGCACGAGUGUUCAAAGGACGUUACUACCAGAAUGCAACGCCUUUGGACCCCUUUAGAUCUUACUCAGCUUCUUAUGGAUGGCAGACUUCUCGCCCGAGGCCAGCUACAGGAACUGGGAGGAAUUUUUACCCUCAUCUUCGGGUGAGUGAAUUGAUAAACCCCAGUAUAGCAACGUGGAACCUUCCACUAUUAAACCAAUUGUUUGACAGCACAGAUGUCGCGCGGAUCAUCGGGAUUCCCACUUCAAAUGUCACCCGACCAGACUCUCUGGGAUGGUUUUUCAUGAAGUCGGACCGAUAUACGGUUAAAUCAGGGUACAUGGUCACCCAACAAUCCUUGGAGGAAGCUACUCCCACUUUUUUUGGUCUAGAUACACGGGGGUUACAGGAACAUGUGUGGAAAAUAAAAUGUACUCAGAAGCUACAACACUUCUUGUGGCAGGCCUUAACGGGAUGCAUAGCGGUCGGAGCAAGGUUGCGGAGCCGGGGCAUGCAGGUCGACCCACAAUGUAUGCGCUGUGGUAUGGCACCAGAAACUGUCAUAAGUAAUGUGGACUUGGAUCCCAACGAGAUUAUUAUUAAGGCAGAAGCGGAAUCCAUUGCGUGGGCCAAGGCCCAAGAACGCUUACAGCAGGCCCAUACAGAAACCCAUGGUGAAGUAUUGUUGUCAGGAGACAUAUGUCAGGUGGAUGGGGCAUGGAAGGAAACGGAUCGCAGAGCUGGACUUGGCUGGUAUUAUUUUAACACAGACACUCUGGAAAAACUGAUGGGUACGUGUAAUCUGAGGCGGGGAAUAUCAGCACUUCAGACGGAAUUUGAAGCUCUCAUUUGGGCUAUGCAAUGUAUGUUAUGGAAGAAUAAGUUAAUUAUGGUUUUUCAGAAAGACUGUUCCGAUGUGGUGAAGAUGGUGUCUAAACCAGAGGAGUGA